AUGAAGCUCCUUGAAGCUAUCGCUUGCGCUUCGGCGCUGGUACCCCUUGCAGCUGCAGACUGGCAGUUCAAAUCCAGGACCGACCUGGCUCCACCUCGUCUGAACAUCACCAUCCCGGCCACCAAGGAUGUCGAGAAGGGUUAUCUGUUCGUGGCACCUUUCCCGGGCCAGUGGGCUGAGCCUCAAUUCCACGGCCCUCGCCAGGAAGCCCCGUACAUUGUGCGUGACGAUGGCGAACUCGUCUGGUCGGGAUACACCUACUUCUCCAUCUGGGCGGCCAACUUCCAGAAGGCCCGUUGGAACGGUCAGGAUGUCUUGUUCAGCUUUGAGGGUGAUCACAAUCCGGCCUAUGGUCAUGGCCAUGGUCAUGCUACCAUCCUGAACCAGAAUUAUGAGACCAUCCGAGAGCUCCGAGCUGGUAAUCAUAAGCUCAUGGACAAGCACGAGUUCCACGUGGUUGACGAGAAGACUGCGUUGCUUCAGGUCUACCAGCCUGUUCCAAAGGACUUGUCCCGCUUUGGCGGUAGUCCUGAACAGCAGUGGAUUGUGGACGCCAUCUUCCAAGAACUGGACAUCCAAACCGGAGAGUUGCUCUUCGAGUGGUCCAGCCUAGACCAUGUUUCUCCCGAAGAAGCGGUUCUUCCCCUCAACCCAGGUCAAGCGGGUGCUGGUUGGAACUCAUCUGACGCAUGGGACUACUUCCACAUCAACUCUGUGGACAAGGAUGCCGCAGGUGACUAUUUGAUUUCUGCGCGUGAUGCAUGUGCAGUGCACAAGAUCAAUGGUACCACUGGCGAGAUUAUCUGGCGACUGGGCGGAGUUCGCUCGGACUUCGAGCUCGGUCCCAACGUCAAGUUCUGCUUCCAGCACCACGCCCGUUUCAUCAAACAGAGUGACAACGAGGAGAUCAUUUCUCUCUUCGACAACUCUGCACACGGAACAGAGAACCACCGCGGCAAGGAAGUUCACACUCACCCCUUCUCUCAGGGCAAGAUCAUCUCCGUCAACACGGCUACCUGGACCGCUGAGAUUGUCCAAGCAUUCCAGCCUCCUGAUGGGCUCCUCGCCAAAUCUCAAGGCAGUACACAGGUUCUCCCCAACGGGAAUGCCCUCGUGAACUGGGGCUCUGAAGGCGCUGUCACCGAGUUCCGCUCCGACGGUACACCCAUUUUCCACGCAUACAUGGACUCUGGACUCCUUGGUGAAGGCGUCCAAAACUACCGAGCAUUCCGGUACAACUGGACCGGCCUGCCGAACGAAGAGCCCGCCAUUGUUGCAGAGAAGACACCAUCCGGCACCAAAGUGUAUGUUUCAUGGAACGGCGAUACAGAAGCCGCCGUCUGGAGAUUCUAUUCGAUUACGGACCGGUUUGGGUCCCGCGCGUAUCUGGGCGAGGCUGUCCGUGAUGGCUUUGAGACCUCCUUCUCGUUGGCUGGUCACUCGUACCACAGCCUAGCGGCCGAGGCUGUUUCUGCUGCUGGACGUGUGCUGACCACCACUCGCAUUGCUCGGGUUCAGGAUGCAAUUCUUCCUCCACAUGGCUUGGAGGAUGGGCGUUCCAACAGCGGCUCGUGGGAACAAAUCAUCCUUUAG